CCGGAACAUAUCUUUGCGGAAGUCAAGACCGACCGGGGGUCGUGCUUGCGUCCAGCAAAUCACCACAAGAAUGGGACCUUGUUCAGAGUGGCGACGGAUACGAGUUGAAGUCCACUACCGGCGAAUCUCUUGAUAUCAAUCAAUCCACAUCCGUAAGCCUUCAUCGUGCACACCAUGACUCUCCUGAUAUACCUUUCUAGACCGUCUCCCUACAAUCCUCCGGCGGUGCCGCGACAGUGUGGUCCAUGGCGGCGGUUACCUCAUUUCCGGAUCCUGACCCCAGUCAAUCUUUCUCGACCUCUCCUGAGCGAACGAAUAUAAUGAAUCACGUCAAAAACGCUCUCCAUGCCCUGGUCACGAUUGUGCAGGUACUCGAGCAUCCGGAGAACGAUACCGGGCUUGAAGUUGUGGACCUUGUGUAUACGGAGAACGACGUUGCUACAUUAGGAGCCCGCAUCAGAGAAUGCGCAAAGAAUUUCUUCUUUUCAAAUGACACGGCAACUCGUUGGUCAACCAGCGUUGAGAAUCGACUCCAGACCAUCAUCUCGGACAAGAAGAAAGCCGAGGACAAGAUGCACGACCUCGAAAUCCAACGUGCUGCCUCCGAGACGAGGUUAGGCUACCUUCAGGGGAAGGUACGCGAAUGGGAGGGCAUCGUGAACAGCAGUCAAUCCGCUGUGAAUCAAUCACAAUCGGAGUACGACAAAGCGCGGAAUGAAUACGAACAAGCCAAAGCGCGCGAGCGCAGGCAGGAAGAAGCGGACAAUACUUGUAUGGGCAGGAUUGCCAAAGGGCAACGGUCAAAACACUUCCCGGAUCCUGUUCCUAUGCGAUUGGCCACCGACACAGAGCGCACGAAAAAAUUGAGGGACGAGAAGAAGACCAAGCUUGAUGGGGACGUGGGGGCGCUCAACACCUUCCAAACACAGCUCGAAUCGGAGAAGAGGAGCCUCGAGGCGCUCCAGCAACAGCUCGCAUCUGCACAGCAGGAGUCCUCUGCCUUAUCCGCGCAAGUCACGCCCAUGCAGCAACAGCUCGACAUGCUCUCGACUUUGUCGGGUAAGAUCAACGACUGCGCGCACAACAUGGAUUAUGUCCUCACCCGUGCUACUGCGCUAGUCAUCGCGGAGACGGUCUCGGACCUCAAAGUCAACAUACAGGAAGCGGUUGACCACCUCGGUGCGGACAAAGACAUCACCGAUGCGCUGGCAUUCCUGGAUGCAGAUCGUCUACGUAAGCUCGGAGAUAGAGCCCGGGCGAUCGGUAGGCAGGUCCUCAGCGGUAAGAUCAAGAGCAAGCUAUAGUUUCCAUUGCUGGCUUCUGUAUCGUUGUCGCUUGACGCUAGUGCUGAUACUGGUCGAAGCGGUGUGUUGGCUCAUAGAGCGCACGUAGACCAGGGUGGCUCGUCACUAGUGCGAGGCGCUGGGGUCCGGCUGUUCCGGUAUUGGGACCGCGCCGGUUAAUACUACCUACCUACCUACCUGAUAAUGCUCCACACUUAUUCGUUC